AUAUCGUGCUCGUUGAUUCCUUGAAAGACCAACGGCCAAGAUCUGCAGAAACUUCUGCCGUCCAUUGACGAAUGUACUAAAAUCAAGCGCGCAAAGAGAUUACAGCUCAACCCACAAUCGCAAAAGUCGGAACUCGGAAGCCAAAACGGAGGGAGAUUGAUUGAGACAAGCGGAGAAACGCAAAAUGGAAGCAGAACUAGCAGAGCUGGAGCGAGUGCAAACGCUAAUCCUCCAACGAAUAUCGAACCUCGAGCUUUCUUCCUUUCCUCAAAACAGUCUCUCUGUUUCCUCAUCUGUCCGUUCUUCCGACGCAAACUGUAGCCAGAUAGCCGACGGCGACGAUAUUGAAGCUCGCCUCUCCGCAAUUCUCCGAUCCAAUGGCGUCCGUGACUUCUCCUUUAAAAGGGUUCCCUCAGAUUAUUACGACUGGUCUCUUGAGGCCCGAAGGGACAGUCUCGGUGCCGCCUCCGUCGAUCACCUUUGCAAAAGCAUCGUCCUCGUUAAUACACAGGCGCCAUCAGAUAUCAUUGAUUGCAGUGAUUGCAAAAAUUCAAAGUAUUACAUUGUUGUUGUUCAGUACACUGCUCGGUUCAAUGCUGAGACUGUUAAAAACUACCUGUAUAUGCUCAAUGAUUGCAAGAUAGCAAAAAAGAAAUUCAACUUGAGGCUCGCUCCUGAGGAGAUAUCUGCAAAGUUGACUGGAUAUGAGCACAAUGCAGUGACAUGUAUUGGCCUCAAAACAGAGAUUCCUUUUUAAUCUUUGAAAGCUGUAAAGCGUAUGCAAUUCAGAGACAAGAGAAUUGGGAUGGAGAUUCUACUAGUCUAAACAUAUGACCUUUCAAGAUUCUCGCUCUGAAACUUUGUAAAGGUCUCCUUGCUGUACACAUGCACUUGACGCGUGUUUUCCAGACAGUACAACUACAGUGUUCUUUCAUUGCUUGUAGCCGCAUGAGCAAGUUGGCCCAUGAGGUUUAAUUACAUAGGACAGAGGCCAAUCCUUGUCUUUGCUUAUGACUAGUGUGGCUGGUUUAUAUACACAGGUAGGGAUGAAUGAGAUUAUGAUAAAUUUUGUUGAAGAAAGGGAAUUCUCCUUAAUUUUUGUUUGUAUCAGCAAUGGUAUUCUUUUUUUUUAUUUGGUUAAUCAAUCCUCAACUGCAAAGCCAGCUAUGUGUGGUCCAUUUCUACAAGUUUUAUACCUGUCAAAUCAGGAUUUUAAUAUACUGGUCCACUGCAUUGAUGGUCAAGAUUAAUGAUAUUUGCCCUUCUGCCACUUGAAAAAAUAUUUGAUACUUAGAACUGAGCUAGAUGUGCGGCUCAAGGGCAAGAGUUUUUUUUUAUGGUAUGCAUGUCUGUUAAUUUGUAUUUUUGCCCAUGCAUUUUUGUAGAAGAUAUGAUUGAAUGUGACUGUAGAUAAGAGUUGAAAUGUCAGAAAUUUGCAGGAAGAAUUCUGGGAAUAGGGAAAUAGAUGUCAGUACCCUGAGCUAUUGCCGACAGAAGAACUGAAAGUGCAAGAUGUAUGUGAAUGUCAGAUUAUUUUGCUAGAUCUAAAGUGUAAUCCACCACAUACAUCCAUGCAAAUAAGAAAAUGCACAUGUGCACUGGCGUGCAGAUGAUAUAGAAACAAAGACUGAUUUUUUUUUUUUUU